AUGAAAUAUGGGGUGGAAGUGUUACGGCGGCGACCCGUUGUUUGUGUUGCGGCUUGCGGCGCCGGGCGCCGGCGGCCGCGGCCGGCCGACGCGGCGGUGCACGGCUUGUGCCGGCCCCUGUGCUCACGAGGAUUUUACACCAACUCAAAUAUACAGGUGACGGAUAAGCAUUACAAGCGAGGCUCUGGUCUGCUUGUGGAGUUGCACGCCGAGUCCCCGCCGCCCCCUCCUCCCCGCCCCCGCCUCCCCGCCGCCGCCGCCGCCAUGUCGCCGCUCGCCUGCUCGCUGCUCGCGCUCGCCGCGCUGCUCGCCGCCGCCGACGGCAAAUGUGCCACAAAAGAUGUUGGUCAGAAGACGAAGGUCCCGGUCGCAAUAACACCGACAAAAGUCAAUCCACCAGGAGCGACAGUAACGAUUUCGAACGGCUGUGACCCGGGAAGCGUGAUUGGCGAGACAGUACGAGUGUGUAACAAUGACGACGACACCUGCACGCCCACCGUCGACAUCGCCGAUGGCCAGUACUCGCCGGUGCAGGUCGGCUGCGCCUGUCAGACCGCUUGCGUCCUGGACGGCACCCAGUUCUGUUGAACUCGGGUUCGACUCACACGCACAAGCUAUUCACUGAGGUUCUCGCUAGAUGGCAGCAAAACUAUAUUAAUAUAAUUAAUCUAUUCUAUCUCGUAUUUUAUUAAGUGAUAAGUGUCAAAAUUGAUUAUUUCGAAAAUUCAAAUAUACUUAAUAAUAAAAUUA